AUGAAUGAUUGCGGGAGUCCCAGCGCUCUGUCUCCCAAGCAGGUCUGCGCCGAGGCUCAUCCGGGUUUCAUGCGGCUCUGGGGGCCGCGACACCGUCGCUUGGGCGAAUCAUUCGGGUGUUCAUUGAGGGGCGCCUUCGUGACUGGCCUUGCGACCGUUCGGGUUCCUUCCCUUGCCUUUCCUAUCCAUGACUUGGUAGCCGCCGGGUGGGCUCUGGCGCUCCUCUGCGAUGUGGUUGACAGUGUGAUUGAUCGCCAACGGAUUCUGAGCGUGCAGAUCCGGAAGCAAGAGACACAGAAGAUCCAACGAGUGCGCGGCGUGCGGCGUGCCCCUCUCGCCCAUGCAUGGACUUGGAGGAAGAUGCGCGUUCGAGGUGCUCAUUUGACCCUGCCCGGGGGCCACAGAGGGGAGGCCCGUGGGGCGCGAUGCACCAUCAACCGGCUCAGCCGAACGAACACUGGUGCUUUACUUUUUUGGGCUUUGGGUGUGCCUCCGACCACCGCGUCCCAAUCCCGGUGCAUUGAUACGAUCCAGCGCUAG